GCAUUGUCGAGCAAGUAGAGCCAUAGAACUCACGUACGUCUAUCAAUGCUUCGCUGUCAUCAAUGGAUGCGACCUAGUAACAUCGCCGAUAUCUUGCGGUUUGACAGGAACUUUACCCUGGCUACUUAAUGUAUCUAGCUCCGUAGCCAUGAUCUCCCCCGAGGCCGUCGCAUCUCUCACCAGAUGAUCCCAUUGUCUUGCACUACGUGUUCGGCGCUGCACAUUCAAGUUGCUCCGAACUAUGGACCCGAGGUCAUGUCAAGCGAGUCCAUCUUCCGGGCACGCUUAGUCAUCUCGGUCGGCGAGGAGCCCACAUCGCUCGCAAGAGUCCGCGAAUACCUCGCCUGGUCGCGAAGUCGUCUCAUUGACAUUUAUAUCUUGCGGAGAAUGCUGUCACCGACGAGCUCUCCCUUCUCGUCCGUCGACCUUCCGAACGGUCUCAUCCACUGCUGAGUCCUAGCUGUACAAAUUACAGCUCCACUUGUUUUGGGUGCGCCGAGAUUUUGGAAUG